AUGACCGAGGCAGGCCUCAAUACUGUCAACCUUUCGCAAAUGAACACGUUUCAACAAUUCAUCCUCUUUCUGCUCAUACUACUUGGAUCCGCGAUCUGGGUCUCGAUUGCCGUCGUGCAUGUGAGAAGGAAAGCUUUCGAGCGAAGGUUCAAGAGCGUAAUCGAGGAGGAACGGCAACGGCGGCGGAAUCGCGGCACUUCGAGGCGAAGGCUAUCGUUGCCAGGUUCUCGCUCUCGAUCGAGGCCUGAAGUUGACGGAGUUGUGGUCAGGGGCAGGGUAAUUCCUUCAGAGAAGGACCUCGCAGAAGAAGCUGAUGGGAACCUUUCCCGCCCAGACGACCAACUACAACUUAAUGACAAUGUCUCACUGACUACUCGUCGCUUCCCCAAGCCUGAAGCAGAUGCAGAGGAUCUCGCGGCAAAUAAAUCAAGCUUCGAUCCUGCUCAAGCUGGACAGCCUUUGAGCAUUGACCCUGGUGUGACACGCCGGAUUGCAUUCGCGUCGCCUGCCUCACCAACAAGAGAGCGACAGCACGGGCGAAUCUUAUCUAUGCAAGGGGUUGGCGCACGGCAAAAUGUAGAGAACCAUCCCAUCAGCUCCGCGAGACCGAUAUAUGUUGACGAAUUACCGAGGGUAGAUGAAGGGGACGCGGAGAGCCUACCUUUGCCACGACAUGGCAUCUUGUUAGGAGGUUUCGUCGGCAGAAAUUCCCAGUUUAGUAAUCUCAGUCUUGCGGAGCGCGAAAAAAUUGGGGGAGUGGAGUAUAGAGCUGUUACAUAUCUAGCGGUUAUCGUUCCCUUGUAUUUUGUUCUGUGGCAACUCCUGGGUUGUCUGGGCCUUGGUGCAUAUGUUGCGACCAAGAGAGCGAGUACAACUGAGGUCAAUGCCGAGAACCCCUGGUGGGUUGGCGCUUUCAACGGGGUUUCUGCUUUCAAUAACAGUGGGAUGAGUUUGCUCGAUGCCAAUAUGGUAGCUUUCCAAACAUCCGACUACGCUCUUAUCACCAUGGGCCUUAUGAUUCUAGCCGGCAACACCUGCUAUCCGGUCUUCUUACGAUUGAUCAUAUGGGCACUUUUCACUUUACUGCCGGACAAUGAGAAGUUCUUGGAACACAAGACCACUCUUCGAUUUCUACUUGACCAUCCUAGAAGAUGCUACACGAAUCUCUUUCCCUCCAGACAUACCUGGUGGCUUUUAGCGACUCUUGUUGUGUUGAAUGGGAUUGAUUGGGCUGCUUUUGAAGUCCUCAAUAUCACUAACCCCACGGUGACCUCGUUACCCUCCGGCUCUCGCGCUCUUGACGGUCUCUUCCAGGCCCUUGCCGUGCGCAGUGGCGGAUUCUACGUUGUACCCAUUGCCGGUCUCCGCAUCGGUCUCCUGAUUCUCUAUGUAAUCAUGAUGUACAUAUCCGCCUACCCUGUCCUCAUAACGAUGCGCAACUCCAACGUCUAUGAAGAGCGAAGCUUAGGCAUCUACGCUGAUGACCCUCAAGCAAAACAGGGGGAGGGAAGUAGUCAAGGGGUCCUUGGUCGCCUCAAGCGGACUCUGACAAACCAACGAGGACCCACAGAGUCGAGGGGUUACUUUGUCCGCCAACAACUUCGUGGUCAACUGGCUCACGACAUAUGGUGGAUCGUUCUUGCCAUCCUCUUCAUCACCAUCACGGAGACUAGCCAAUUCGAGCGCGAUCCUGUUGAUUACUCUGUCUUUAACGUCGUAUUCGAAGUUGUCUCUGCGUAUGGCUGUGUGGGCAUCAGCGUGGGUUUGCCGAAUGUCGCAUACUCCUUCUGCGGAGGCUGGCAUGCAGUCAGUAAGCUUAUUCUCUGCGCUGUCAUGUUGAGGGGUAGGCAUAGAGGCCUGCCUGUUGCCAUUGAUAGAGCUGUAUUACUACCGGGCGAGCACCUGGCUGCUGCUGAGGAAGAAGAUGCUCAAAUUAGGUUGGAUAGGACAAUGACGAUGAAUAGAGGAGGGAACGUAUGA